AUGACCAAGCUCAACAACGGCAACCUCAUCCCCUCUGUCGCUCUCGGUGUGUACAAGGCCCCCAACGACAACACCACUGAGCAGGCCGUCGAGUGGGCUCUUGACGCCGGUUACCGUCACAUUGACGGUGCUGCCCGAUACGCCAACGAGGAGGCCGUCGGAAAGGCCCUCAAGAACUGGUGCGCCAAGAGCGGUGUUCCCAGGGAGCAGGUCUUUGUUACCUCGAAGCUCUGGGACGCUGACCACGAGCGUGCCGAGGAUGCCAUUGCCGACUCGCUGAAGAAGCUCCAGCUCGAGUACAUGGACAUGUACCUCAUCCACUCCCCAGGAAACAUGGGUGAGGAGGCCCGAAUCAAGGCCUGGAAGGGCCUUGAGGACGCCGUUGACAAGGGACUCAUCAAGAACAUUGGUGUCUCUAACUUCGACGUUGAGGAACUCGACCACCUGAUGCAGCACGUGCGCAUCAAGCCCGCCGUGAACCAGAUUGAGUCGCACCCCUUCUUCCAGCACGAGGAGCUGCGUGAGGCUACCAUCUCUCGUGGUAUCCACAUCCAGGCCUACUCGCCCAUGGCUCAGGGUGCCGCUCUGGACCGAAGCGAGAUCAAGACCAUUGCUACCAAGCACGGCAAGACCCCCGCUCAGAUCCUCCUCCGAUGGGGUCUACAGAUCGGCAACAUCAUCCUGCCCAAGUCGCUGACCCAGCACCGAAUCAUCUCCAACGCCCAGCUCUUCGACUUUGAGCUGGACGCUGAUGACAUGGAGCUCCUCAACUCCCUCGACGAGGGUAUGAAGAUGGGCAAGCUCGGCCCUGCCGGUACAAGUCAGCCCGCAUCGCCAAAUGCUACCAAGCCCAACUCGCGUAGGUCUUCUGGCAGCGGUGGACUGUCUGGCGGUGCUCUCAAGAUGACCUCCAACUAA